AGGAGAUCCAACAUUGACAGUGUUGGUUCGUGAUACUGGACUCCACCUCCUCCCUCCCUCCCUCCCCGAGGCGCUCCCGCAGGCGCCCCCGGGAGGAACCCUAGCGCCGCCUCCCCCCGCCCCCCUCGCCCCGCCCUCCUCCCUCGCCACUUCGCCGGCCUAAGGCCGCGUGGCGCUGGCGGCGGCGGGGCUGCUCCCUCCCGCGCGCAGGUGGGGGCCGUCGCGGGGCGUCCCUCCUUUGCUCGGUGGUGGCGGCCGUCGGGCCGGCCCUGCCCCUGCUCCCUCCCCUCCCCUGGCGUUCUGGUGGCCGGCGGCGCCGCCUCCUUCCUCUCCAGCGCAGCCCGUGGGGUUCCGGCGCCCUGGAUCGUGCUGGUGGCGGAUCUGGCCCCCGGCCCAGAUCAGGUCGUGUGGUGGUUGGCGGUGGCAGUGGUGGCCGGCGGCCGUAUUUAGGUUGUGGCGCUGCAGCUGGGGUCCGUCUACUCCGGUGGGGUGGGGGGGCUCCGGCUGGACCUGGCCAGGGCGCGGUGGCGCUGGUGCUGUGGUGGUGGCGGUGCGUGUCCGCUUUGCCGACGUCUGGUGAGCGGGCGGCGCGGGUUGGGACAGCGGCCCUGCGUGGUUGUUGCUCUGGCUGUGGGCGGUGGCGGCGUGGUGGGUCGGCUCUCUUGGUGUGGAGGCUGCCAUUCGUCGUGUCUGCAUCAUGGCAGCUCGGCGGGCCGGCUGGGACGGCGGCUGGCUUUUCGGCGUCGACUUGUCUGUAGGCGGCCCGUUUCGACCUUCGGUCCUCUCCUCGUCGUCUAGUUGCUACCUUCGUCGAAGGUUCGGCCCUCCCCCGACAAUGGUCCAUCGCUCGUCUCGCGCCCGGCAGCAGUACCAACCUCGUCUCGCGCCCGGCAGCAGGACCGGCCUUGUCUCGCGCCCGGCAGCAGGACUAUGCUCGUCUCGUGCCCGGCAGCAGGACUAUGCUCGUCUCGUGCCCGGCAGCAGGACCGAGCUCGUUUCGUGCCCGGUGCCCCGGACGGGUCGAUGGAGGCCAGUUUUGGCCGACCUAUUGGGUUUCGGCGUUGGGGGCAGCUCAGGGGUGCGAAAGGCGGCCCUUUCCGCCCGUAUCUUUGGUUGGGGUUGCGGUGGGUCUCGAGCGAGGUGGUGUCAAGGUCUGGGAUGCCGGGGUGGCGGCCCCUGGUGGUGGUUCCGCGGUGCUCAUGGGCAGAGCCCGUGGUUAGGUGCUGCCCGGUGGCCAUGGUCGUGUGGGCGACGUGGUCGCUGGGGUGUGGCGUCCGGUGGUGGUGAGUGUUGGCCGGGGUGAAAACCUGAUCUAUUCGCGGAUGGACCGGCGGCGGCGAAGCUCGUUUCCUUCUUGAAGGCGUCGUCGCGGCUCUCAUUGCCCGUCGUCUGAUCCUCGGGUCGGGCGGUGGCGGCGCUCUGGUGUCGUAACCUUUCUGAAGGCGCCGCCUUGGAGCACAUGGUUCGUCAUAGGCGGCUUCAUCUCUUCGCGGUGGCAUGCUCACGGUUGAGGACUCCAGGUUCUCUUGUAGUACUAGGCUCAGCGCCUUUGUUCCUGCCUUGGGUGCGUGCGUGUGUUGUACUGGCGUGCGUUUGUAUCUGAGUCGGUCGGUGCUUUAUAUAUAAAGUGGGGCGAAAGCCUUUUUAGGUAUAAGCCCGGAGGACACAGCCAGGGUCGUCCAAUCCAAGCAAAGACAGAUAACGGUAGCUACAUCCUUCCUUGACCAGUCAUUCAGUCAAGCAAACCUUAACCACCACGGCAUGGCGCACGGAAGAAAACGCACGCCAGUAAAAACCAAACUAAGCAAACUACGAUUAGGAGAAUCGACACGAGCAUAGAGUCGAGCACCUGGUGCGCAUUCCGGACAUGGCGGCAGGCGAACACGCACGGGGUCCCUCGCAGGACCGGAUCGUCCCUCCUAGGGGUCGAUCGAAGUGCUAAUGCAGCAACAGUACCGUCUACGGCGACGGAUGCUCACUCUCUCGACGACUCCGGCGAGCUCCUGGCAAAACUGACGACCGGCCAAGACAAUGCUGGGGUGGAGCGUGGACGUGCCGCCGCCGCAGUUGCCCAGCGAGCCUUUGAACGUGGGCUGGCCCAAAACAGUGGGCCAGGCCUCUCCAGGAAAAUGGCAGCCAUUUGAGCCUACUUACCAACAACCCGUUCGAACUCUAUCCACUCCCAACGGCCAAGAGCAAGCGGCUGGCAACCGCUCAGUCCGUCCCGCCCCGACCCCGCACCCGCCCCCGCCCCCGCAGGUCGCAGCCACCGCCGCGGCGCCAUGGCCUCCGUCACCUCCUGCUCUUCCACCGUUUUCACCUCCUCCUCCUCCAUACCCUACCGAACAAGGACGCCUCGUCCAUCUCUCCGCCCGCCGCCGCGUCUCGCCGGCCUUCCGGGCCGACCGGUGCUGAGGUGCCCAGCUAAACGCGACCCGGGCGAGCAGCCGCUGCUUGGAGCUCCUGUGGUUUCUGACGAGAGAGAGGCGCUGGAGCCGGCAGGCCGGGACAGUGGCGGGCUCGCGCCGUCCGAUCCGUCGUGGGGGCUCGCGUUCGCGGCGGCGGCGGGGGUGCUCAUGAUCCAGGGGUCGCAGCAGGCGCUGGCCGGCACGCAAUUCAUGGGCCUGCAGCCGCCGGCGGACGUGCUGGGGGAUCUCGGGGACAUCAGUACAGGUUUUGCUUCAGCUUUUCUGCUGAUUUUCUUUUCUGAGCUAGGAGACAGGACGUUUUUCAUUGCGGCACUUUUAGCAGCUAGAAAUUCUGGAGGAGUCAUUUUUCUGGGCACAUUUGGAGCACUUGCGGUAAUGACAGUUAUAUCUGUAGUUCUUGGUCGAGCAUUUCACUACGUUGAUGGCGUCCUUCCAUUCAGUUUUGGCGGUACAGAUUUCCCAAUUGAUGACAUUCUUGCUGUGUGUCUCUUGGUAUACUAUGGAGUUACGACAUUACUUGAUGCGGCUUCAGGUGAUGGAGAAAAGAUGAAUGAGGAGCAAGAGGAGGCUGAGCUAGCAGUUUCGAAGUUUUCUGGAAAUGGUGCAGGAUUAGUGUCUGUCGCCAGUACUCUUGCUAGCACAUUUGUUUUGGUUUUUGUUGCUGAAUGGGGUGAUAAAUCAUUUUUCUCAACAAUUGCACUUGCUGCGGCUUCGUCCCCUCCGGGUGUCAUUGCAGGGUCGCUUGCUGGUCAUGGUGUUGCAACAUUGAUUGCAGUUCUUGGUGGAUCUUUGCUGGGGACAUUCCUAUCUGAAAAGAUUAUAUCAUACAUCGGAGGGAGCCUUUUUUUAGCAUUUGCCGCUGUGACACUAGUUGAAAUCGCGACUUCAUGACUUGAGAGGGGACCCAAGAUUCGCCGACAUGGUACAUAACAGUGCAGAGAAAUCAGCAGUUUAGCUAUUUCCAUUGUGUAAUAACAGUGGUACAUUGAUAUGCUGAAAGUCUUGAUUAUCCACAGGAAAUAUACUGUUCAUAUGGGAACACCGUAGCAUGCAUUGGAUGAUUUGUUGUUGCUGACGAGAAUUUCUGCCUCCUUUUCCACGGCAUCCCUUUAUCAGCAUGAUUGGUACUGAGACUCGGAGCACGUGGAAACCUCAACUCCAAAGAGCAUUAUUUUUUUUACCUGUAGAUGUCAUUUGGGAUGGGACCUGGGACAAAGAGCUGUAGAUGGCAUGUAGCCUUUUAUCUUACCCUUACCUUUUACCAAAACAUUGUUCAGGGAAAGCACACUGAUUUGUUCAACAGUCACAGCACCGUGUAGUCAUUACAGAAAGUCUAUGGCACUGUUGAAUUGUUUCAGUCUA